GGGCGUGCAGGAGGGUGCUGCUGCCGGGGACUCGGGCGAGCUGCGGGGCUCCGGAUUGCAAGGGUCCACCCUCCUCUUACACCUCGGAAGAGGGAGCGUGGAGCUCAGGACAUGGACCUCGCGCGCCUGUGGCUGGGGCUUCUGCUGCCCGUGGUGACGGCCCUGGAUUUCCGAUACCACCACCAGGAAGGGAUGGAGGCGUUCCUAAAGAGCGUUGCCCAGGACUACAGUUCGAUCACGCACUUGCACAGCAUCGGGAAGUCUGUGAGAGGUAGAAACCUGUGGGUUCUCGUCGUGGGCCAGUCUCCAAAGGAACACAGAGUUGGAAUUCCUGAAUUCAAAUACGUGGCUAAUAUGCACGGGGAUGAGACCGUGGGGCGGGAGUUGCUGCUCCACCUGAUUGACUAUCUGGUGACCAGUCACGGGAAAGACGCCGAAAUCACACACCUAAUCGACAGCACCCGGAUCCACAUCAUGCCGUCCAUGAACCCCGAUGGAUUUGAAGCCGUCAAGAAGCCCGACUGUUACUACAGUAACGGAAGGGAAAAUUACAACAGUUAUGACCUGAACAGAAACUUCCCCGAUGCCUUUGAAAACAAUAACGUGUCAAAGCAGCCUGAGACGCUGGCCGUCAUGAAGUGGCUGAAAACGGAGACUUUUGUCCUCUCGGCGAAUCUCCAUGGCGGUGCCUUGGUAGCCAGCUACCCCUUCGACAAUGGCGUGCAAGCAACGGGGACGCUGUUGUCCCGAAGCCUAACUCCAGAUGACGACGUCUUUCAACACCUCGCGUAUACCUAUGCUUCCCGGAACCCCAAUAUGACGAAGGGAGAUCAGUGUAAAAACAAAAGGAACUUCCCCAAUGGAAUCACUAACGGGUACUCCUGGUAUCCACUGCAAGGUGGAAUGCAAGAUUACAACUACAUCUGGGCCCAGUGUUUUGAAAUUACGUUGGAGCUGUCCUGCUGUAAAUAUCCUCGAGAAGAGAAGCUGCCAUUGUUUUGGGAUGAUAACAAAGCCUCUUUGAUUGAAUAUAUAAAACAGGUGCACCUAGGUGUAAAAGGUCAAGUGUUCGAUCAGAGUGGAAAUCCAUUGCCGAAUGUCAUCGUGGAAGUCCAAGACAGAAAACACAUCUGCCCGUUUCGAACCAACAAACUUGGAGAGUACUACCUGCUUCUCUUGCCGGGGUCCUACGUGAUCAAUGUUACAGUCCCGGGACAUGACCCGUACCUCACAAAGCUGACGAUCCCAGGGAAGUCCCAGACCUUCAGUGCUCUUAAAAAGGAUUUUCACCUCCCGUUGCGAGGGCCGCUGGAUUCCAUCCUUGUAUCAGAUCCUUCGUGCCCAACGAUUCCUCUGUACAAACUAAGGCCAAACCACUCGGCUGCGACAACGCCCAGUUUGUUCGUCUUCUUCGUGACUCUUUUGCACAUAUUUUUCAAAUAAAGUGGAAUGUGACACUCAAGCCCCAUCAGCACCUGGAAUCAGGGAUUGGUCACUCCAGGUUAUGGCAACUGUCCCUCUUUCCCCAAGAGGAACACUGGAUGUUUCCAAACCCAGCAGAGAGCAACAGUACCACGAUAAAAGCGAUCUUCAGUCUGGAUGAAUGGAGGUCACUGCCUAGCAAGUGCGGCCCACAUACGCUCCAUCUUGAGGUAGCCCCAGAAAUUUGAAAGAAACUUGAGAAGCAAAACAGACAUCCCUAGAAGAAGAAAAAAAAAGUUAAAUUUUGUAUACAGAAAUCCAAAUGGAUCCAAGCAGCAAUGAUGGACACUUCCUGAUCACCUAUGCACCACCUUGCCAUGAGUGCUAUUUGUAAAGAGCUAAUACUACUACGUACGUAUACAUGGUUCUCCCUAAAGGAAGAAAUUUCUAGAUAACAGGACUAAGAACAUUUACUUUUCCGGUGUUCUAAGGAGAAAUGAGAGGAAAUGGGCAAACAUGCCUGACGUGUGUACAGAACGCAACAGACGAAGUGGCCUCCGGUGCCAGUGUCCUUGCCUCCCUGCACCUGAUGCCACAGUCCUGUUAAGAUGGUCCCCUCGUCGUAAUCCUGGUCUCUUGCCUGAGCCCCCCGAUGCAGGGCAAGCUGCUCACUAGACACACCCACCUGGAUACGGCCCAUAUGAACUUCACCACAUCCUGUUGACAGUUGAGACACCACCGUGUGAGAGCUGACCCUGCUCCGUGCGUGCUUGGUCCUUUCUUCAUUGUGUGGAUCCAGUCAGGCACUGAAAGCGACUGUAUUGAUUCAGCCCAUCCUCUCCAUGCCAGUUAGCUCCCCUCUCUGCUGACCCAGCUCCACUGUCUCUCGCUCCCAGGUAUCUCUUUGCCAGGCCCAUCUUCCACACAGCCCUGGAGGAAGGGGGCUGCCCAAAAGCCCUUCUGCUCCCUAAAUGCAACACAGUGCUCGAAGUCCCAGAUCUGGAUGUCAUUCUGACACCAUGACCACAUCUUGUUUCCCACUCAGUAAAACUCCACUCCAAGCAUCUUCUUCAACCAGGAAGCCUUGCCAUUUCUCUCCCGUGAAAUUCCAAAUGAUCUGGGUCAAGGCCAGUCCUCUUGGACCCUUCAAACGAGCUGGUUGUCUUGGUUACUAGUUUCCAGUGCAAUGGUGCUAUCUACUUCAUGCUGGCUUUCUCUGGUAUAGCAUGGGCUCUUCGAGGCCAGGAUCUACUUGUUGGAAAAGUUCGCUCCUGCAUCCUCGGAGCCUAGCACAAAAUAGGAAAGAAAUGGUUGGGGAAAGUGUUUCAGCAACCUGCUACAGACCUUCCCAGAACGGUAGAGAUUUGAGCAGUUUUAUGGAAGUAAGUUUUAUAUUUGGCAACAUCCAGCUCACUGGUGUACACAGAGAGAGAGACAGAGACUUUUCAUGGAUACAUCAAGAAAAACAAUUCAAAGUGAAUGCACUGUAAGGCUGGGUAUGAGGGCGUUUGCUAGCUGUUAGCUGCACUAUGCACUACCUUCUAGACCAGAAAAAAAAAAAUCUUACAAUCAGUUGGAAGUAGAAGUGUCCCUAUGUGAAAGUAAAUUUAUUCUAACUCACCGCAAGAAUUAAGAGGAGGCCAGGUGUGGUGGCACGUGCCUUUAAUCCCAGCACUCAGGAGGCAGAGGCAGGUGGGUCUCUGAAUUCUAGGCCAGCCUGGUCUACACAGCAAGACACUGUCUCAAAAACAGAUAGGUAAAUAACUAAGGAUAAAGAGCAAACAGGAAAAUCCAUAGCAACUCUGGUGUGCAGGUUCCUGCGCGCUGUGAGUUUUCCAUGGGAAUUGAGUCACCUGGUUCUUCAAUCACAAGCCCUGAAUGGCUGUGAAACCAGGCAGGGCUUGGCACAUGGUGAAGCCUUGAGACUCUAAGGGACUGAAGAGAUACAUGGGCACCUUGAUGCCCUCUCUUGGUGCCAAACUUACUCUAUAUUUUAAUUGAUAGUAUGUGUAGUUUUUUUUUUUAACCACUUCUAAAUUUGAAAAUAGCAUGAUUAUCUUGAUCACUGUAUUUAAAUAAGCAUUAGCUUAUAUCUUGGAAAGUGUACAUUAAUAAUAGUUCAGAAAGUGAUUUGGGUACAUUACAUUUAAAGUAUAUAAGACUAAGCCAGGUGUGGUGGCUAGCACCUAUAAUCCCAGCUCUUGGGAGGCUGAGGCAGGAACAGCGACACAAGUUCAAGACCAGCCUGGACUGUAAGUGAGAGCCAUCUUAGAAAAACAGUAGCGGUGGUCGUGGCGCACACCUUUAAUCCCAGCACUUGGGAGGUAGAGGCAGGUGGAUCUUUGUGAGUUCAAGGCCAGCCUAGUCUACAAAGGACAGCCAGGACUGUUAACACAGAGAAACUCUGUCUCGAAAAAUUUGGUUUGCCAUCGGCUGGAUGGUCUGAAUUCUGACCUACCUUUUUCUAGGGUAGGUUUUAAAGGAAAUGGGCUGUUUUCUGAAUUGGUUCCCGGACCUAACAGAAAACGUGUUACUAAAAUAACUUGCACGUGGAUGUGUCUUACUGGAGAGGCCCAGGGCUUUGCACGCACAGGAAGAGUGCUCUGCCAUGGAGGCCCAGCUUCUCUUCUGUUUUGUCACAAGGUCUCACUAACUUGUGUGGGCCGGACAUGAAACUCACCAUAAUCCAAGCUGGCUUUGAAUCUGCCUGCCUUAGCCUCCAGAGCAGCUAUGACGGUCUGGACUAUGUCCUUCUUAAAAUAACAUUACUUAUACUAGAAGUCUGUAUCAAAACCCAAGGUAAACUCAAUUAAACAAGGGGAGGAAGAGGUAUGGCUCGGUGAUAAUGUGCUUAGCAUGAGCAGUCUUGGGUUCAAUCUCCACUAAAGUACCCCCGCCCUCAAGACAAACCAUGACCGUGAAAUUACUCUAUGGUCUGGGUCCUCAAAAGUCCACAACCCCCAUUUCUUUCUGUAUGUCCCCUACCCUGGCGGAUACGCUCUGAGGUUCCAAAUUCAAUUGUAACCCUUGUAGAGAGAACAAUGUAAGCUAGAUGAAGAGCCAGGCUCACAGUGGUCCUGUCGGGCAGCCGCUGCAGUGGUACAGACCACAUUUUGGUGCUCCUUCGGGUAGAGAAAGCACAAUGAAUACUUGAGUAACUCCUUUGAAGGCAGCUCACCGUAUUAAAGGUGAGCUGGUAACGAAAAGACUGGUUAGCAAGAAUCAUGUCAUUUCCAAGGGAACGUUCACAAAGUGACCUAGCUCACUUGUGUGCCUAUUCGAACUGGGAUGGUUGAAAUCCCAGCACUCAGGAGGGAGAGGCAGGUAGAUCUCUUGAGUUUAAGGCCAGCCUGGUCUACAGAGUGAGUCCCAGGAUUGUCAGAGCUACAUAAUAGAGACCUGUCUCAAAAAGAAAAGAAAAGAAAAUACCCAGCUAAAUGAACGGUGGCGGAUGUUUAGACAGACGCCAAGUUGGUGCUUCGUUUUUUUCCCCUCAAUAAACUGCUGAGCAAGUUAGAAAUGUUUGGCCUCCUCUACUCAAUUCUCAGUGUUUUUCAAGACUCAAUGCCAUGCUUUGUUCCAGAAGCAAAUCUGCAUGUGUCAUUUGUCUCAAAACGGUGUACACUAGCUCUGCUUUCCAAUGUAUGAAUGGACUCUGGGUGGAGAAGUAUCUGUUUCUAGGAAAUGUGUAUGAAUCUGCACAGCGUGGGUAUUCUCCUACUGCAGCAGAAGUCUGACUCCAUUCUGUGAGGCAGCAAUCUAGUGGAUGUUUGUGAGGUGACUUUUGCCUUCCUUGUGAUCUUGUGGGUGGGGUGAGGGGGCAGGUGAUGGCUAGAUGAGGUAAAACCACGGUUCUGGAUGCCUACAACAGACUUCACACUCCUGGAUUUGUUCUAGAACUUACAUCACUAAUAGACACUACUGUUACUCACGGACUAUUUUAUCGUAUCUUAGCACACAAGCCACCCCACACACACAGCCCUUCGCAAGUGGCUUCUUCCUGAUUUUUUUUUUUAUUACAAGCUUCUCAGUGAUUCUUAUCAUUAAAAGACCAGUAAGCAAGAUGCUCAGAUUGAGCCAGGCAGUUCGAGGCCAGCCCAGUCUACAGAGUGAGUUCCAGGACAGCCAGGGCUACACAGAGAAAAUAUGUCUCGAAAAACAGAAAAUAAAAAGUACGCUCAAAUUGUCUAAGACUGUAACAUUCGCUGUGGAGGGACCAUGACUACCUCUGAGCUUAUUAAAUUUAUCUGCUUAUCAAUAAAAAAAAUAUUCAUUUAGUGAA